GGGGUGGAGACACCCAUAGCCUGCUGUCUAAAACCGGAGAACACAGCUCAACAAACCUCUGCUUCUCGGGAUUCCACUGUUCCCUCCCUGUUGUCGUUUACAACAACAAAUUUGACUUUGUGUCUUAAGCAUUUAACAGCAUGUGUAAAGGACUUGCAACACUUCCUGCAACAUGCUUGAAAAGUGCCAAAGACAUCAAGCACAAAAUAAGCUUCUUACUCCAAAAGCCUGAACCCCAAGCAGCGGAUCAGAAGCAGACGAAAGAGAAGACUGUCGCUGCCGCAGCGGCUGUGAAAAGGGUACCUACUGCAGCUGAGGUGGAGAAAUGGAAGGAGUCUUUCAGCCACGUGAUGAGCAGUGAAAUGGGUCGUACAGUCUUCGCCAGCUUCCUGAAGUCAGAAUUCAGCGAAGAGAACAUGGACUUUUGGGUCGCCUGCGAAGACUAUAAGAAGACUGCACCUUCCAAGUUGCAGAUCAGAGCCAAGCAGAUCUACCAGCAAUAUGUAGAGGCAGAUGCUCCCAAUGAGGUAAACUUGGAUGCAGUGACCAGAGAAGAAACAAGGCAGAAUGUCGAGAACGCCUGCCAGUCUUGUUUUAAUGAAGCUCAGAAGAUGAUCUUCACCUUGAUGGAGAAAGACUCCUACAGGCGCUUCCUCAACUCCAAACUGAUCCAGGAUCUGGGUCAGACACAGACCACCGCUGCUCAGGAGAAGAAAGAGAAGAAAAACUGUGACUUUGCCGAGAACAGGCAGGCGUUAACUGGAGGUGCCUGAAUGGCAAGCAAACAGGGAAGACUAGAAGGUGACAAAGAUUGAAAAUGUAUGUGAAGGAAGAUACAAAUAAAGUAAAGACUAGAAAACCAGUGAAUUAGAAGGUUAAUGUGAUGUAGUAAAGAUUUGUCUGUCUUUUUUUUUUACUUAACAUUAAUCCCUGAAAGUCUUUGGUAGUCAUUUAAGGGUUUGAAUUGGCUACUGUAUAUCUGUAUGUGCAUUAACCAGAAAAAUAUUUGAAUAUUUCACCAUCAGCUGUCGGGAAUUUUUUCCCUUCCCAAAGGUUGAUGGUAACUGAUUCAUUAUUUCAAUAUUUCAACACACUAUAUAAAUACAGAUAAUGCUAAAAUGUUUGCAUUAUGAAGCUUAGCUUUUUCUUAUGCUUUCACUGCAAAACAUAACCUGCUCUCCAAGUCAUGGCCGGUUUCUAUUCAUUCUCACACCAGAUAAAGUCUAACAUGUAAAGCUACUUUCACCAAACAGACACACCUUCAAACAACCUUACUGCUAGUGCAGCAUGUCGUCAGUGGAAUAGCGUGGAAGUUUUGAUCUAUUUAGGUAAUAAUGUACACUUGUAUCUUUAAAGUAAUAUAUCAAGUUCUUUCUAAGAAGGACUAAACUUAACGAAGUGAUGAGAACACAGACAACAAAAUCAUACGUUGAGUGAUAAAAGCAAAUAUGACUAACCUAUCAGUAUUACAAACAUCAGUGUUUAAUUAUGAUAAUGACCAUUAACCCAGUACAGGUGAUGUGGGCAUAUUUAAUUUUUGGGUAUAGAUGAAAUGAAUCAUCUUACUCAUCUGCUUUGUAGUGGGGUUUGACUUUAGGUAGACCCAGUUAUUUUCCAUCAUAUUGACUUGGGAACAUAAAUGUUACGGAUCAGCAGCUACUGCUUCACGUUUUACUCAGUACUUAUAUACUGUACUGUAUAUGUUCAUACAACAACAGAUGGAUUAUAUUGAUGCCUAUGUUCUCAUUACUGGAAAUUGUCUGCGUCUAGUGGGAAUUUUUAAAAUGCUUUAAUAUUGCAGUAUUGAUUUUCUGUUGCGUGUAAUUCAGUUAACAAACAGUCCUGGUGAAAAGGUCAAACUGUGACUCAUUAGAUCGUUUCUAAAGAGUUUUCCUGUAAGUCAAACUGUUUUGUUCAGAUGUUUAAUACCGUGAUUUGUACAGGGUACUUAAUAGUAUGUUUAACUAUAAUGUUACACGUCACUUUAAUUGAAUGGAUUUUGGUGGCCUUUCUCACCAAAAUGUUUCAUCAACAUACUGUGAUGGUCUGAUCAAUGGAAAACUAGAUACUGUAUGUAAAUAUUUAUUAAAUGAUGCCAUUGUCCUAUUUAUAUCAUAUCUGUGGCUAUUUACAAAUAAAAUGUGCUGAUAGUCAGAA